AUGAGCGCGGCCCCGGGCACCUCCCGAGCUCCCCAGCCGCUGCUCCGCUUCCCCGACGGGGCGGGCGGGCCGGGCGGCGGGCGGGCGGCGGGGGGAGGCGGCGCCCAGGGGCCGUGCCCCUGUCCUUGUCCCUGCCCGGGGGGGCCGCGGAAGCGGCGGAGGACCACGUUCAGCCGGGGGCAGCUGUCGGAGCUGGAGCGGGCCUUCGCCGCCGUGCCCUAUCCGGACAUCGCCACCCGGGAGCGCCUGGCCGAGCUCACCCAGCUGCCCGAGGCCAAGAUCCAGGUCUGGUUCCAGAACCGCCGGGCCCGCAGGAUCCGUAGCGCCAAGCCGGAGCCGCCACCGCUACAGCCGCUGCCGCCGCCCGGGGAGCGGGGUCCCCCAGCGGCAUCCCCCGACGGCAGCAUCCCGUGCCCGGCCCCUGCCCUGCCGCCGCCGGGAUCCCACAGCCCUGCUCGGGGCCUCCCCACCUCGCUGGGCUCCAUCUCCGACCUCAUCUACAGCGCGGCCAUCACCAACCUGGGCGAGCCAUAGCUGUGGCAAGGACCCCUGGCUCUAGGGACCCUCCUGGCACCGCGGUCCCCCCAGAUUAGCGCCACAAUUUCAUCAGGGUGUGGAAUUACUGCCGGUCCCAAAGGCCCUGAAGAUGUCAUCCAAUAUCCUAAAUGCGGGCGCAGCCACAGCAGGGGCAGCUCCCUAUCAGCCCCCUAAUACCGACUAAUCUUUUGGAAAAAAUACCUUAAUCUCGGGCUGUAUCUACGGAUGAUUGUGGCGCGGCCGCCCCUAAUCCGCAGGCACGUUCGCAGGUGCUGGCAGAUCUCCCUGGAUCGGAUAUUAAACCAUGUUUCCAGGGGG